GUUCACAAAUGUCCAACGACGGAAAAGUCCGCGUUAGAGGCUUGAGCAUAUUUCGACCCAUCAUCUACGGAAACACAGCAACUUUGUUGACAACGGAGGAUCGAAAAGGGGGCAAUAUACCACCAGAUCAUACACACAAAUGGACCGUGGCCGUACGAAGUGCUGCUUCAGCACCUGAUUCAGAUAUCGUUGGCGGUGCGGACGACUUGAGUUACUUCAUCAAAAGGGUUACGUUCAAGUUACAUGAUACCUAUACCAAUGCAACGCGAAAUAUUGACAAACCGCCUUUCGAGGUCUCAGAAACAGGAUGGGGCGAGUUUGAGAUCCAAAUCCGUAUUCUUUUCAUAACAGAAGCUGGUGAAAAACCAAUGGUUCUAUAUCACCAUCUCAAACUACAUCCAUGGACCGUCACUGGUGAACCAGAAAUACCACCGCCCGAAGUUGCAUUGAAGAUGGGCCCUGUUCAUUCCUGGCAGUACGACGAGGUGGUCUUCAAUGACCCCUUCCAGAACUUCCUGAACAUUCUUACCGCACAUCCUCCCACACCGCUACCGACUGUCAAAAAGCGACCAGUACCCUUUCACCUGGCAAAUCCGGGUUCAUUGGAGGCCUCAAGAGGCGGGAUUCCGGAGUUCACAAGGUUGAUGGAAAAGGAGGAAGCAGCACGGCUUGAAGAUGCGAAGAAAAAAGUGGCAGCAGAGCAAGAGCGUUGGCGAAAUAUACUCAUCGAGAAGGAAAAGGAGCUGGAACAACUGCGGCGUCGGGUAAACAACAGCUGAGAAAGUGACUUGUCUAUGUAUUGGAUAUUUGUACUGUAUAUUAGUUAGCAAGAUAUGUAUCAUAACCAGCGAAGUGGAUACGGGGUAUAAGGGUAGUGGGGUUCGCGACAAAGUUUUCAGAUAUGCGGCGACCAUCCGACAUACAUCCGUGAC